CACUUAUACGUACUCGUCAUCUACUGCGAGACACAUAUAUUUAUUUAAAUAUAUUGUUGACACAAAAUUGCCAAAGGUGUAGAUACUAUGCCUCCCUUAGCGACGACCAUAUUACACAAUCAACAGGACACGAUGUUUAAAAUCGUUUCGAGCGAAGCGGCUACACAGUGUGGUCCCACAGUCGUAUUUGCACACGCUGAUCAAGCAUGUAUAUCGAAUAGAGCCUUGUAUCUACUAGACGCCGGGUGCAAAAAUUCAAUUGUGGAUGAAUAUACUUUAAAAGAUGGAUCGGAAGCGAGCAUAAAACCGAUCACUGAAGACGCUUGUGAAGUUCCUGAUUUGAAGGUGACGCAUAUUCUCAAUGCACAUGGUGUGGCACAGGUCUCCGUCGUGUGCUUGCUGGCCCACAUCCCUCGCGAGUGCGCCCAUGUGGUUGCCAUGGAAUUGCUGGAUAUGUUUGUCACGAGUCAGCAGCUGCUUAUAGUAUCGGCAUACCACUUUUCGACUGGUGUGGGUAAUUCUUCCGAUGUCCAUGCUGCUACUCUGGACACAUCAUUACCACAGGACAUGAAUAUAAGCUCGUUUCCGACACUCCCCACGAGUAUGCGGGUGAAUGAUCCGCUGUUGGGGGCACUUGUCAAUGGGCUUUCUGUUGAAGAUUUGCCCACUGUUAUACUGGCAACGUCGUCGCGGAGACCAAAUAAACACACUACACACAGUGACGAAUGCGUUGCUAUCCGUAAACUGCAACAAGCGGUGUCGAGCCUGGUGAGCGAGGUGACGUUCAACACACCGGACAGAGACAGCGAAAUCCCCACUAUAGAACUGACCGCCGCGUACAAACUAGAGCAAGAGGCCCGUACUCAGAUGUAUCAAUAAAAUCAAAUAAAAUCUAUGGCGAUUUGGA